CCUCCUUGACACAUCAGGGCAAAUCUCACAGUUGACAUGUGUUCCUGCGCAGACAGACUUCACUGAAUGCAGCUUCUGUAGACAAGACAAGAAAACACAAUAUGGGAGCAUCUUCCUCCGGGCUGCUGGAUGAGGCUAAAGUUACUCACAUCAAAGGACUUGUUGGGAAAAGUUUUCAGGACUUCAGUGGGUUUUACCGUCAGCAGUAUGCAGUCUCCUACCUGGGACACAUCCACCAGGAGGUGGAGCCUAAAAAAGAGGGGCGUGGCCUACUGCUCACACAAAGGCCCAAGUAUGAUCCAGAGGAGGUGUUGUAUCAAGGCAGUGUAAAGUUUUCCUGCUGGGAAGAACAGGGGAAGAAAUGCAAAGACAGAUGCGUCGUCCUGAGAAGAGACUUCAGAGUUGAAAUCUAUGACAGCACGGAGAGUCUGAGCCGUGGAGGUGCAGCAAAGUUGGUUCUCCAGCCAGCCAAAGGACUCGUUUUCACCAGCGAGGAAGAAUCCAGAGAUUACAUGGAGAAAAGCUGCGCUGCGAUACUUAAUGGAGUGAAGGAGGAUUCUUCCUCGGUGGUGCCAUCAUCAUCAGAUGAGUUUGCCGUCUAUCUUCACCUGCCCCACACAGGCCACUCCUGCUUCCUGUUUCAGCAAGAGGAGGAGCGAGAUCACUUCCUGUCUGCCCUAAAGACCUGCAUCAGGCAUCGCAACCUUGACCCCUGGCAUGACUCGUCCCACGAGAGCCAAGCAUACGCCCAGGCCCUGCGUCUUUACCAACAGGACAGAGGAUGCUAUGAAUCCUGGGAAAAGCUGCUGGGCACCGAGGAAGAAGUGUUGGCCUCCCUGGUGAUGGAGGAGGAGGUGUUGCAAUGGUUACAAAACCAGCUUCAGACUAAGGUGAAGGGCAAGAAGACCGAGAGGAUCCGACAGUGGCUGGCAACCGUGCAGUCGACCUACACUCUGGUGCUGGAGCAGCUGACUGCAGCUUUGGAGGCUCAGAGGGAGGAGUGUCGUCAGACAGCAGCAGCCAGUCAGGCCCUCAUCAGGUCUGAUCUGGACCAGAUCAUGUCCUCUCACAACUUCCUGGAGCAGAAAGUCAGAGCACACAUCUGUAAAGAAGCAGAGGAAGUGUGCAGCGAGUCUGUCGUACCUUACGUGUCCUCCAUCCUUGAAGCACUGACAGAACACAUAGGUGCAGGGAUUCUGGGGAUGCAACAUGUGCUAAAAGCACAGAUGAACUCGGCCUUUUCACUCACAAAUGGAGGAAAUGAGAACACACAAAAGGUCCUGUCCGGUCUGCGCUCAGUCAGUCUGGAUCAGAACUACAGAGAGGUGGAGAGCCUGGCAGAGAAACUGGAGGAUUUAAAGCAGAGGUUUGGACUGAGCAGCACUCAGAGACUCGUUCACUCUGCACAGCUAGAGAUGGAGCAGCUGCUGGAUAGUGCUGUCUAUACUUUGGAGCAGUUCCUCCAAUCAUCAACCAAACUGCAGCCUUCUCAAGUGGCUGUCAAGAUGGAAAAAGCUAAAGAAAGAGUACUCAAGUGGUCCAGGAUGCUGCCAGUAAAAAGAGCAACAAUCUCCUGCUGGACACGUCAGAUCUGGCCAUCAGUCAGUACAGCCUGCUGACUCACACGCCUCCUCUGUCAGCCCCCGACAGCCCAGCUGCUCAGCCUCGACCCUCCUCUUCCUCAWGGGUGCCCAGUGAUGAGCAAGAUACUGCUCCUGUGGUCGACGAGGAAAGCCAAACACCUGAUGGUUCACCUCAGAAUGACGCAAAACCUCAAGAUGAAGCCAAGUCUGAACCUUCUCAGACCUCUGAGCCGAGCUCAGUUCUUCUGUCUCCUGUGAUUAUUGUGACUCAGCAGUUUGAAAAUACAGAAACCAGUGAAGAAGAGAAAGUUGGAGGUGAUGAUCAACCAGCAGCAGCAGCUGACCCAGAGGCAGCUGCAACUCAGGAGGUUAAUGUGACUGACUCACAGCCUGACCCUGGAUCCACGACACAGGACUCUCUUGACCCUGGAUCCAUGACCCAGGACUCUCCUGCUCCAGGAUCCACAACCAUAGAUGCUCCUGAUCCAGAAUCCACAACCAUAGAUGCUCCUGAUCCAGGAUCCACAACCGUAGAUGCUCCUGAUCCAGAAUCCACAACCGUAGAUGCUCCUAAUCCAGAAUCCCCAACCGUAGAUGCUCCUGAUCCAGAAUCCCCAACCGUAGAUGCUCCUGAUCCAGAAUCCCCAACCGUAGAUGCUCCUGAUCCAGAAUCCACAACCGUAGAUGCUCCUGAUCCAGAAUCCACAACCGUAGAUGCUCCUGAUCAAAGGUCUAAAAUCCCAGACUCUCCUGACCCAGAAUCUACUACCCCAGGCACUCCUGAUCCAGGUCCUAUGGUUUCAGUCCAGUUCAACGUUGAAGCUAAAUGUUCUGAAAGUGCUGAUUCUACAUCUGAAAACUCAACCAAACCUGACUCCUCAACCUCAGAUCCAGAGUCUGAGAAUCCUCCUCCUCCUCCACCAGGCUCACCUGGGUCAGACUGUCCAGUCAAAAUCAGUCUUGGGUCACUAAGUGAAGCAAUUGCCCCAUGCUCCAUGGAGYCCGCUGGGGUUCAGGUCCAGCAGAACACAGACAGAGCCGUCUACCUGUCGGGACAAAUCAAGGAAAACUGGGAGAGAGCAAAGGAGGGAAAACAGGAAGAAUCAGCAGAGAAAGAGGAAACCACAGAGAGCAGAGAGGAAGAUGGAGGGCCAGCAGAGAGCUGCACAUCAUGUGCAACACCAGGAGAGAGCGCCGUCAUCUCAACCACAGAACCAAGAGGGAGCGAGGACAGGCUGGGUGACGAGAUGGGAGCUGAGAAGCAGAAAGACGACGAGGUGGAGGCAGCAGACGGUCAAGAUCACACAGAGGAUCCUGGGAACAAAGAGGUUCUUCAAAGCCCUGAGCCAGCUGAGUCAGAGCUAGAGUCUGCUGAGGAGAUCCCUCUGGACAGUGUGGCGAUCAUCAGAGAACUUGUGACUGAGAUCCAUGAAGUGGAGACGAUAAUCACCCCCUGUUCCACCAGCAGCCCACCCUGACUUUACAGAUGGAUCCACUAAACCCAUCAGUGUUACAAAAACAUCCCAGCAGAUUAUUACAGAGCAAGGAGGAAAAGACCAGUUUAAUAUUUCAGUAACAAAAAUAAUAUUCUGUAAUACUUUUCAAUUUUUCAUAAUUUCAAUUGUUUUCACUUUUUCUAAAUAAACUGAUUAAAUUGCUAGAUAAAAAUGUUAAAUUUGUUUAGUUUCUGAUGAAAACACAACGCAGAUUUAUCGCCAUUUGGCACAGGUGCUGCACCGAGAAAAAUUUUGGAAAAGUUUGACAAAUAAAAUGUUUUCAUUGAGCAUUUGAA